GGACCGGCGGUGGAUUUUGCUCUUUGCUCUGAGACGGGUCCGUUCUGAUGUGAUUCCACUCCACCGUUCAGCUCCGCGCCUCGCCCCGCGGCGCGGCGGCAAACCUGCCGCUUCUGGUUCCCCGCCCGCGCCGCCUCCUUAAACCCCGAAACCCUAGCCGUGGGAUACCCCUGGUGACCUGGUCCAUUCCAUUUCCAUGGACGACCCCCACCCGCCGCUGCCGCCGCCGCGCCUGCCGGUGGAGGUCGUCGGCGCGGCGCGCGAUGCGGAGCUCAGUCUCUCGGCAGCGCUGUCCCGCGAGGAGGUCCUCUAUCGGCGCCGCCGUCGCCUGGUGCAGCUCUGCUCCCUCUACCGCGCCCAGUACUGGAUGCUCGCCGAUGAGCUCCCCGCAAGGCACGGCGAGUACUGGUGGGAGCACGGCGCCAGCCCCGCGCUCGAUGACGAGCCCACGCCGCUGCUGCCGCCGAAAGAGAAUGGAGUCAGUGCUGGACCGCCAGAGAAUGGAGUCGUCGUUGGCCCGCUGGAGAAUUGUGCCGUUGCCCCUCCUCCUGUGUCGGCUGCGGGCGGGAGGGCGGGCUGUGCGGCCUCGAAUUGCGAGGCCAAGGCGGUGCCCCUGUCCCUUUACUGCUUCAAUCACAUCCUCUUGGACCCCAAGCAGCAGCUCUAUCAGCCCUGCGCCUUCCCCACUAGGAAAAGUGGAUGCACGUGAUGAUAAAUGGGAACUAGCAACUGCCAAAUGCAACAGAACCCGAGGCUGGUUUGUAGCUGCCUUGUGGCUUUGGAUAGGUAAAGGCAUUUUUGGAAACUCUAUAGCUGCUGAAUCCUUGAACUUAACUAUAUAGCUGCUGCAUUCUUCAUUUCUCUUAUCUAUAUCCUAUCAAUACCUUUAUUUUAACUUAUCAGAUUACGCAAUCAUAUCCUGAAUUAAUUGCAUGUGAAUUUCAAUUAAUAUCCUCACUCCACAAUUGCUUUGGCAUGUGCCGAUACCUUUCCAUGUUCAGCAAGUUAUUCCAUCUAACCUUUGAAAAAAAGAGGGUGGGGCUCAACUGCUAGGUAGAUAUGAUUUUCAUCGUCAUGGAUACUAUGCUGAAUGUUUCAGAGUUUAGCUUUCUGGUCUUCUCAGGACUUUGUUACUGCAUUGCAUUAAAUUCUCUUCAUGUGUUGCUUAACCCAAGUGAAUGUGCCAUAUCUUCUCUCUCAGUGGAUCCAUUUAUCACCUUAACUUCUCUCACCACCAAAGAAAUAUGUUUUGGAAUACACAAGCUAGUUUGACUAGCUGGCAUUGUUAACUGAACUUUUAGAAAUUUUGCGGACUGCUGGCAACUCCUUUUGUGUGCUCUUCCGCUUAAUCAAGCUCUGCACCUACAAUUGAUGUCUUCUUAUUAACCUUGCCAUUGUUUUUAAUGUAUUGUCAACCAAUAUGUAGGUUGCCACAGGGGCCUCAUCCUGCCCAUUUCAUGUGUACCUUCUCUGUCUUGAUUCUGCUGUCACUCACCCCUCUGAGAGAAGAUUCAGCCAUAUCCUGCCUUCUCUUGACUUUCUACAGCUCAUUUUUGUUGUCUCCCACUAUUCUUCGGUUCAAUUAUUCCUAUUUUCUCAUCCUUCAGGGGAUUGAUUCGGCAUCACCCACUGUCUCUUGUUAUGCCACCCUUGCUUUUCUUGUUGACUUCAGUAAGGAGGCUGCAACAAUGUGGAAAAAUGGAGGCAGCAAAGGGGAAUGGAAGAUAGGAAAUGCUGAAAGGGAUGAUUGGGUGGCACAUGAAGUGAUAGGAUGAAGUGAAGUGGCAAUGGUUGGAAAUCCUAAGACUACCUUUCGCACAAUAAAUGGAUAGUCUUGGUAUCCUGUCAGGUGUCACGUGUUGAGUUGAGACGGACUUACUCUUGGGCAUUCAUGAUUGUACAUGUGAGAUCAUGUUAAGGAUGAGGUGUAUUUGGGAUAGAUAACUAGGCCUUAUGCUUUGCCAAGAGCUUUGGGAUAACUAGGCCUUAUGCUUUGCCAAGAGCUUGAGAGAUUGAGGGAGACUAGAAUUGUUUCUUCAUAAUUCCUUGCUUGCUUUCCAUUGUGCCCCAUGGGCUGAAUAUAAAAGGUACAUAGGACUAACACCUCUUGUGCCUAGACAAUAUGGUACUAUUCCUAUAGACAAAUAACUAAGAGAGACACUAAUUAACACUAAUGGGCUUAAGGCCCAACUAGGACACUUGCGCCCUACAGCGCCCCUCAUUAUGCCCAUGACAUCUCCCCCGCUCUUGGAGACCCAGCUCGUCCUCGAGCUGGAGAGCUGAAGCGAAAUAGGGUUAAGCCUUUUACAUCUCGGCUUCCCCUUUAUAUUGAAGACUAAAAUAUAAGGAUAUCCACCUGGAUCCCAUGGAAAGAGCGCCUCUGCUGGCUUCAUGUAGGCUAAAGGGUGGAGUGUGAAGCAGCUGGCUCUUAUGCUGAAAGUGUCUAGCACCACGGCAGGCACAAGGCUGAAUGAGAUAGCCUUUGAUGCCUGAUGCUGGAUGCUGAUGCGAGGUCGCUGCACUGGAAACACCCAUACUUGGACCCCCACUGCAAUUGGAGCCGCAGGCCGUAUCGGCGAGUCCGAGUGGAUGAACACGUACGACAACGUCGAGCUGAGGAGCAUGCGUAUCUGCCGCACCAUGCGACGGACAAGCAUUCCUCGCACUGCUGCCUGGAGGUGCACCGUUGCUUGCUCCUUCGAUGCUUUUGUGGCACAAAGAGCCUGCGCUCGGCGACGUGCCAGGAGUCCCCGUGCUGCUGCCUGGAGGCGUACAGCUGCUCGGCGUUCACGGUCCUCCUUCUCGAGACGCACCCGGGGCGAUCCAGGUGUGCGGUCAUCUCCGCAAGGCUGCGUAGGCAGUUGUCGACACCAAGGGACAGCCGGUGGAGCGGAUUGGGGCGCGGAGUUGGUUUGAAGCGCUGCUGCAGGAGCUCGGUGAAGCGACGCCAUGUCGGGGUGCCCUCCUCCUGGACUUGGAGGAACCACGUACGAGCGCCAUCGUCCAGAUGACAGGAAGCCAUCCAUACCUUUUCUUCCUCCAUGAUGUGCUCUCGACGAAAGUAUGUGUCGCAGCUGUUGAUGAAGAUGAGGGGGUCGGAAUUACCGUCGUAACGCGGAAAACCCAACUUCUGGAACCGCGGCGGACGAUUGUUGUGGUGUUUCCCGGCAGCCGAGUUGUUGCUGGACGCCGAGCACUCAGCGGACAGGGCCUUGAUGGCGGCGGCGUUGGCCCUCAUGGCGGCUGUGAUGGUCGCCAGGGAAGCUUCGAGGUUGUUGGUGCAGGGGGAGGCGGACGGCGGCCUGUUGGUUGUGGUGGCGGCUGCCGGUGUUGGAGUUGUGGCGGUGGCGGCGGCGGCGGAUGGUGGUGGGGAUCGGGAUCUGAAUCGAUGUUUUUUUUUGGAUGAAGAGGAUCGCUGGACUCUAGAUACCAGAUGUUAAGGACGAGGUGUAUUUGGGAUAGAUAACUAGGCCUUAUGCUUUGCCAAGAGCUUUGGGAUAACUAGGCCUUAUGCUUUGCCAAGAGCUUGAGAGAUUGAGGGAGACUAGAAUUGUUUCUUCAUAAUUCCUUGCUUGCUUUCCAUUGUGCCCCAUGGGCUGAAUAUAAAAGGUACAUAGGACUAACACCUCUUGUGCCUAGACAAUAUGGUACUAUUCCUAUAGACAAAUAACUAAGAGAGACACUAAUUAACACUAAUGGGCUUAAGGCCCAACUAGGACACUUGCACCCUACAGCGCCCCUCAUUAUGCCCAUGACAGAUCACCUAGGUCUAUGCCAUAAGUGUCUAGGUGGUACGAUUAUGUGAAAGGGGUUGGGUUGCACACCUUGCCUUAUGAGCUUAAUAACUAUCAACGGGCCAUGCAAACAAAAUUAUUUGCACAUAUAACAUUGUAUGUGGCCCAAUUUCUUUUCCAGUAAUGCUCACUUGAUUCCUACCCAUGAAGAAAAUUAUGGUACCCUUGCAAGUUAAGCUAGCAUGGCUGAGCUUGACCAAUGCAUACCUUGAGCUGCACUGCAACUAAGGUUUUUUUUGAAAAAUUGGCAGGAGCUCUGCCUCUCAAUUAAGAUGGAAAAGAAAGUUUAUAUACAACAUGCCUGUAAGCCUAGGUUCCCAAGGGCACACAUUCCAACAUGACACUCUCAACUAAGCGAAAUUGUUUAGCGCCCUUGAUCCCAGCCAAUGUCCUCCUUUGUCCUGUGAGCCACCUGGUUUGCAUUCAAAGAACUGUUAUCAAAGAUCCUCUACUUCUUUCUUUCCAUAUGUUCCAAAUUAUGUAUAUAACCACCCCAUUGAAGUGUCGCUGCCUUUGUCUUGGGAUUUUUGCAGCUGCUUCCACCCACCAAGAGUUGAUUUCAGUUGGCUGGGUCUAUGACCUAAUUAGAUUGACAUCAAAGUGUUCCCAGGUUAGCACAAUGUCCCAAAAUUGUUUGGCUGGGCAUAGUAGGCUGAGAUGGAGACCUGACUCCAGUGGCCCGUUGCACAUGACGCAAUGAUCCUGGUGUGGCCAGUUUCUUAGCUGUAGGUUGUUAGCCGGCGAGAUUUUGUUUUGGAUGAGGAUCCAGGCGAAACAGUUGACUAAGCUUACUUCUAUCUUUUUGCUUGGCUCCAAAUUUACAUGUGGGCAUACUACGCUACUGCAUUUAUGCGAUUAUUCACAGCAUUCUUGACUGGCAUGACAUCUUUAUAAACCCUUGAACGCUCAGGCUGCAUUGUCAUGCUCAUGUCGUGCCAGUGUCACUUCAAAUGUUCUUAGUAUUUUUUGGUCUGUUUCAAUAUGGCAUGAUAUAUUUGCCUAGUAUAGAGUAUCAUGUCUGAAUGGAAACUCCACAUGCUUCCACAAUUUGGCUGGUUGUGAGGGUCUUAUGGGGGAUUCGUGUCAAAAUCCAUACAAGGUCAGACCUAACCGAUGCAGCCGUGCAGGUUUUGAUAAGAAUUGAAGGAUAACUAUCAGCAAUCGUAAAAGAUCGGACUUAACUGAGACAGUCUUACAAUUAGCUGACAAAGUUGAAUCCGGAGUUGGAGCAUUGAACAUUCAGUCUGUGUGUGACCUUUUUGUCAACACCAACACAUUUUUUACUCGUUUUGUUUUUUUUCCCUGAAACACACAGGAGAUUUGCAUAUUAUUAUAUUAAGAAGACUGAUUUUAUUCUCAAAAUGACCCAGCAAGGAAAUGGACAUUCUCUAACGUUGGUUCCCAUUUUUUCUGUCAAACUGUUAAUUAAGUCUGGUUUUACAUUCCUACUAAUACAAAGUCAAAUGAAACACUUUGGCUUACUGCAUUGAUGCCCUGGUUACAUUUGUUUCUGGAAAAACGUAGGAGAAUAGUAUUUUUAUGCCAUCAUUAUCUGUUAUCUUUAUGUUAAAGACCUCUUAAAUUUUAUCAUCAUUAUACUUGCAUAUUAAAUUUUUUACAUAAGAGAAUGGUAAUUAAUGUUGUAUCUUACUGGGAUUAGGUAGGAGACUAGGAGUAUAGCAAAUCCAGAAUUAAUUGUUUCUAUAUAUCUGAAUUUCAGCUUUAAAUAUUGUUGGUUGUAGUUAAUUUUGGUGCUCACUUAUUGCAUUGGUGGGUUUCUUUGUUUCUGUUAAGUAGUAUUCCCUAGUUCCAUCUGUAUACUAUACUCUUUCAUUUUUUCUUUUUUUACUGAGGAACUAUAUUUAGUAAUCAAUACUUCUUUCUUGGGUCUUGCACAUAUGCAUGGGCAUGUGUGGAACAUUCAUCAUGGCAGUGUAUGAAACGAAACAUAGAUUUUGUGUAGUGCUAACUUUACCUUUUAGUUAUUUUCUCUGUUCAUUUUGUACAUAGCAAGCAUCAUUCAUGUCU